AUUUAACUCAUUUAAUUCAAAAGUGAGGUUAGGUUAGGUAUUCACUCAAUUUAAAAUUUAAAAUCUCUAAGCCACAUUAAAUUUUAAAAUUAAAUAAGUAACAACAAAAUAAACUAUAAAAUCAUUUUCGCUUUUAACCAUGGCAGUCAAUACACUUCUCUUCGAUUUCUCCGUCGAGUCAUCGAUGGUGAAAACAGAAUCGGCCUAUGUCACCCUCGCCAAGAAUAUUGAAGAAGUCCUGAGGGAGUUUAUUCAGGAAUUGAAACUAGUCAACGAAUUUAACCUCGCAGAAAGUUUUGUUAAAAUAUAUACUUCCGUUAGAGCAGCCUUAGUUAAUUUGAGAAUAUAUGAUAAUGGUUUGAUCACUUUGAAUAUUGAGUAUUUCCGAAAUGAUGAUUCCGAGCCCUUGGUCAGUUAUCAGCUAAGCAAACUUUUAGAACAAAGACUCUGCUUUGUAACAAACUCUUUCCGAUCAAAAAUGUUUCCACCUAUUAAAAGAGGUACUCCUCUAGAUGUUUAUCUUUCUAGUUCAGAUGAAAGAAUUCUUGAAUAUGACAUAGAUGAACUGGUCUUUGAACAAAUCACUCCAUAUCAAAAAGUGCAAAUUCUCCAUUCUAAAAGCAUGGGCAAUAUGUUGGUAUUGGAUGAUUUACAAAACCUGGCGGAAUCGGAUUUGAUUUAUACAGAAACAUUGAUGCAAAGGGGAAAGGAAAACUAUGAGAGUAAAGAGGUUGUGAUAUUAGGUGGUGGUGAUGGUGCCUUAUUAUAUGAACUCCUAAAAGAAAAACCUAAAGAAGUAGUCAUGUUAGAAAUAGAUGAUGUUGUAAUGAAAGCCUGCUCUAAACACAUGAGAUCUGUAUGUGGUGACGUACUUGACAAACUUGAAGGACCAAAUUACAAAAUAAUUGUUGGAGACUGUAUGGUUACCUUGGAGCAGUAUAUUAAAGAAGGAAGGAAGUUCGACUACAUUUUCGGCGAUUUGACCGAUAUCCCCAUAGAAGAAAACGAGUCUCCUGAACUGUGGUCUUUUAUUAUAAAAAUAAUGAAGAUGAGCUUCAAGGUGCUAAAGCCUGAUGGGAAGUUUAUGACGCACGUUACUGGAACCUGUUCGCCACAAGCCAUCGAAGCUUACAAGCAAAAACUAUUGAAAUUCAACCCGCCCUUAAAGUUUACAACUGAUAAAGCCUUCGUGCCUUCGUUUUUGGAAGAGUGGGUGUUUUGCCAAAUCAGUUUGGUAGACCUAUCGACAGCCAAAGAAUAAUCACUUGCAAUCGUUUUUCUCCAGGAAGUCCGGGAUUUUCAGUAGUGGUGGGAAGAUAUUUUUUUGGUCUUUUUUGGAAUUUUUAGUAUCGCCGUUUUUAACUACUCUCAUUAUUCAGUUUUAUUUUUAAGAGUAUUCUUUGUUAUAUUAAGCCAGUAUUCAGUUAUUUUGUUUUUAAGCCUGUAAGUACCAAACUUUUGUUAAUUUCUUUAAUGUUUAGUAUUACUAUUCUAAGCAACGAUAUUUUUUCAACGAAAAGUUCAAAAUGAACUUUCAGGAAUCUCUAAUUGAUAACUUAAAGUUAUAUUCCCAGUAGUAAAGGUGCUGAUAACUAAAUGUAUUUUAGUUCCUAUUACUAACAGUAUAUUACCAACCCAACUUUAAGAUUAGUACAUAUUAGGUAUGUUCAGUGUUUAAUUAAAAUGUUUUGAAAAUA